GCCUGCAUUGUCAAUAUUUAUUUUGUGUUCCGAUUCUUCACGCAACAUAGAACUCAGUGCCUCUUUCUAAAAAUUAUAUUGUUCCUUUAACUUUCUUUAAAAAUGAACGUACAAAAAAUCAAUCGUGUGCCUUUUUCAGUUUUUGUAGAGGAUAUUGGGAAAACAUUUACAUUUCAAUUAACAGAAGUAGAAGCUGCAAGAGCAACUACAGAUAGUGUUUUUAUAUUAGACUUAGUUAAUAAAGAGUAUGCAAGGCAGAAGAAAACACAAAUUAGCAAGACCAAUGAGAGACUUGACCUUUGUAAUACAUUUAUGGAAAAAGAUUUAUCUCCUGUCCCGUGCUCAUCUAUCUCAGAGGUAAAUGAUUCUCUGGACAUCACAUCUGCACAAUCAGAUACUGUAUACUCAGUACCGCACACUUCAACACAAAAUGUUGAAGAGUCAACUGAUAAUGAAAAAACUUUAUUUAUAUGGUCAUCAAAGACUGUAUACUUACUCCUGGAGAAAUAUGAGGAACGAAUGAAUGAAUUCUCUUCGGGAACAAAACGUCAUUCUAAAAUCUGGGAAAAUAUUGCAAGCGAGAUGAAUAAAGUUGAUCCAAAUAUUGCAGUAUCAGGACCACAAUGUCAGUCAAAAAUGAAUAGCAUGAAAAAAAUAUAUAGAAAAAUCAUAGACCACAAUAAUAUAUCUGGAAAUGAUCGAAAGUCAUGGCAAUAUUUUGAGAGAAUGAAUGAAUUAUUUGGAAAAUCAGGAUGGGCAAAUCCGAAAGCAACAGCAUCAGAUUCUGGACCUUCAUCUCUUGCAAAUUCAACAGAUGAAAAUAGCAAUAUCAAGAAACCUGCAAUUAAAAAAUUAAAAUCUGAUAAACUUUUAGAUGAAUUUGUGAAACAAAUGAAAGAAGAUAGACAGGAGAGAGAGAAGAAAAAAGAGGAAAGGCAAUUAAUUAUAUUGCAAGAACUAAAAGAACAAAAAGAAAAGAGAAAAUGGAUAUAAUGAAAACAUUCUGCGAAGCUAUUUCAGGCAAAAAAUUAUUUGACUAACUAUUUUUACAUGAAAGAUUUGAGUUCCUAUAUUGUGUGCAAUUUUUAAGUUAACUUUAUUGUAUUCAAAAUAUUUAUUUUUAGUCACUUUCUUCAUUUAUUUUCAUUUUAUAUUUUAUGUAUUUCUUGCUACUUACCAUUGUACUUACUGUGAUUUUAUUAAUUAUUCUGCGUUUUAAAAUAGAUAUGACAAUUGUGAUAUUGGUUUAAGCAUAAUAUCUAUGAACUUUAUUUUUUUUUAUGUAUGUUGUUUAAACAUAAUAUCUAUGUAUUUUAAAUUUUUUUUAUGUAUUUUUAUGUUUAAGUAUAAAGGUAUACUAGGAUAGGUGCACACAACAAUAAAAAAAUGUAAAGACUGAUUCAAAUUAAUUUGCAUACAUUUAUUCAUUUUUAUAAAGAUUUAGUUGAUGAGGAAAUAGUUUAUAAGAGUUAAUACAUUAAAAAGAUUUUAUAAAUUACGCAAAUACACGUUCAUUAUCUCUCAUUA